CUCCCUCAUUCUCGCUCUCCCUCCCCAAUUUUGGCGCGAAAAUCAUUAAAAAAAGCGGGAAAAAAAGCUGAGAGAUCCGCCGCAACCCACGAUCACAGCCAUGGCCGACGACCACGAGCAAGACGAGGCCGUCGUGGAGGAAGAGUACGCCGUGUGGAAGAAGAACACUCCGUUCCUCUACGACUUCAUCAUCUCUCACCCUCUCGAAUGGCCAUCUCUCACCGUCCACUGGGUCCCCUCCGGCUCUCAGCCCUACUCCGACCCAUCCCUCGCCGUCCACAAGCUCAUCCUCGGGACCCACACCUCCGACGACUACCCCAACUACCUCAUGGUCGCCGACGCCCUCCUCCCCUCAUCUCAGCCCAACCUCGACGCCGUCAACGACGACCCCACUCUCCCCAAGGUUGAGAUUAAGCAGAAGAUUCGUGUCGACGGGGAAGUGAAUAGGGCGAGGUGUAUGCCGCAGAAGCCGAAUGUAGUUGGGGCCAAGACUAGCGGCAGCGAGGUGUAUGUGUUUGAUUGUACCAAGCAGGGGAUGAAGUCUCAAGAUGGGGAAUGCGAUCCUGAUUUGAGGUUGAGGGGUCAUGAUUCAGAAGGGUAUGGCUUGUCGUGGAGCCCGUUUAAGGAGGGCUACCUUUUGAGUGGUUCGAAUGAUUGUAGGAUUUGCUUGUGGGAUGUGUCUGCUUUGGCUCAGGAUAAUGUGCUUCAUCCGAUGCAUGUUUAUGAGAGUCAUGAAAGUGUGGUUAAUGAUGUAUCGUGGCAUUUGAAGGAUGAGAAUUUGUUUGGGUCUGUUGGAGAUGAUUGUCAAUUGAUGAUAUGGGACUUGAGAACAAAUGCAGCCCAGCAAUCAAUCAAAGUUCAUGAGAAAGAGGUAAACUAUCUGUCUUUCCAUCCGUGCAAUGAGUGGGUUUUGGCUACAGCAUCUUCAGAUAAUACUGUGGGUCUGUUUGAUUUGCGGAAGCUGACUGCACCAUUGCAUGCUCUGGGUGGCCACACAGAGGAGGUAUUCCAGGUUGAAUGGGACCCUAAUCAUGAUACUGUGUUGGCAUCUUAUGCUGGUGACAGGAGAUUGAUAGUUUGGGACCUUAAUAGGAUUGGGGAUGAGCAGGUGGAUGAAGAUGGUGACGAUGGGCCACCAGAACUUCUAUUUUCUCAUGGUGGUCAUAAGGCAAAGAUAUCAGAUUUCUCAUGGAACAAAGAAGUUCCAUGGCUCAUUUCAAGUGUUGCCGAAGACAACACUCUCCAGGUGUGGCAAAUGGCUGAUGGCAUUUACGGUGAUGAUGAUGUGCAAGAAGGGGCGGCUUCUGAAGUCUGAUGAUGAUACAUAUCCAAUCAUCCUUAUCAUCCUAUAUGCCUUGUUGCAAUCUUCAUUCCUUUUGAGUUGUAAGCUCUUGGUAGAACUGCUUAAAAAUCUCCAGAGAUGAUCUUGACAAGAAAUGUUGUGUAGGUUUAUGAGUAGGAAGUCCGUUAAUAUCUAAAAACGAACUGGGAUGUUCAAGUAGAACGAUUUCCGAUCUUGCAACUUUGAGA